UGUCAUGUUGUCAGCCCUGCGAACGAUGACUAGCGUUUCGCACUGUCGUGACAGUUUGAUGCAAUAUCACUCUAAGCGAUUUAAAGUCGAAAUUAUUUGUGCGAAUCUAGAUCACAAGUUAUUCCUUUUUGUACCAUUCGUUGCCGACAAAUAAUAGUUUAUACUCCGAUAAAUUCAUAGAGAUCAUAGAUAUUUUGAUAAAAACCAAUUGAAAACAAAGCAAAAAAACACGAAAACGAAACCAGAUUUCAACUAAAAACCAUCAUAAACCAUGGCUGGUGCGAUUUUAUUCGAACGUGCCCAGGCAUUGACGUCGGUGAAUCGUGAAGAGGGCAUUUCUCUGCUCAAUAAAAUCGUACGCGAACAAGAAGUGGCCGAAAAUGAUGAGGAGCUCAUUCGUAUCAAAGAGCAAGGCAUCUUGCAAUUGGGCGAACUUUACAAACAAGAGGGCAAAGCAAAAGAAUUAGCCGAUCUAAUCAAAGUGACACGUCCAUUUUUGUCUUUGAUCAGCAAGGCAAAGGCAGCGAAAUUGGUGCGUUCAUUGGUUGAUUUUUUCCUGGAUUUGGAGGCCAGCACUGGCAUCGAAGUGCAAUUGUGCAAGGAAUGCAUUGAAUGGGCCAAACAGGAGAAGCGCACAUUUUUGCGUCAAUCGCUUGAAGCCCGUUUGAUUGCAUUGUAUUUCGAUACUGGUUUGUACACAGAAGCACUGCAACUCGGUUCGGCCUUGUUGAAAGAGCUCAAGAAAUUGGACGACAAAAUGCUUUUGGUCGAGGUGCAACUGUUAGAAAGCAAAACAUAUCAUGCAUUGAGCAAUUUGCCAAAGGCUCGUGCUGCGUUGACCUCUGCUCGAACAACAGCCAACGGUAUUUAUUGCGCUCCAAAGAUGCAAGCCGCUCUCGAUUUGCAGUCAGGCAUUUUGCAUGCAGCUGAUGAACGCGAUUUCAAAACGGCUUAUUCAUACUUCUACGAAGCGUUCGAAGGAUAUGAUAGCGUUGAAGCGACCCGGGCAUUGACCGCGUUGAAGUACAUGUUGCUGUGCAAAAUUAUGCUCGGUUUGGCCGAUGAUGUCAAUCAAAUUGUUAGCGGUAAAUUGGCAAUCACCUACUCCGGUCGGGACAUCGAUGCGAUGAAAGCCGUGGCCCAGGCAUCACACAAACGAUCAUUGGCCGAUUUUCAAGUAGCCCUCAAAGAAUACACAAAAGAAUUGGAAGAGGAUGUCAUUGUGAAGGCUCACUUGGGAACCCUUUAUGACACAAUGUUGGAACAAAAUUUAUGCCGUAUUAUCGAACCCUUCUCACGAGUGCAAGUUUCACAUAUUGCCAAUUCAAUUAAACUGCCCGUUUUGCAAGUAGAGAAGAAGUUGUCACAGAUGAUUUUAGACAAAAAAUUUAGCGGCAUUUUAGAUCAAGGCGAAGGCGUGUUAAUCGUAUUCGAAGAGACUGCCGUCGAUAAAACAUACGAACGUGCUUUGGAAACGAUAACAAAUAUGGGCAAAGUGGUCGAUACACUCUAUCAAAAGGCUAAGAAGCUCUCGUAAAAAAAUUUACGGAACAGCGCUCUCUGAAAUCAAACACACAGACACAACAACAACACAUACACACACACACACACACACACACACACACACUAUUCGAAUUGUUUUGCUGUUCCUACUUAUGUGUACUGAUAAUAAAUCUAUGAAAUGAACACGAGAUAUUCUUUUUCUAUGGAAAAUUCAACGUACAUUUUUUUAUAAAUUGAAAAUAGAACAAUAAAAUAACGAUAGAGUGCAUGCCCUACCCCGAAACCUACCUUCGCAACCGCAUUGAACACCCCCCCGAAA